ACGUGCGCAGGGUGCGUAAUGCGCACCCCUAAUUCUUCUCGACUGCCAAGCAUCCUCUCGUAUUCUAAUUGCCGCCGUAAUAAACCCCGCAGACGCUGCUCUGCGUUAGCACAUUGAACGAUAAGCUUUUCUUGUUUCUCAUCCUUCAAUAUUUUUUCUUUAAUUUCUGAGUCGGAAAGAAGUGACUCAAUGGAGAAACCGAGUUCUGUUUCCGAUUCCGGUCUUAUCUCAUCACCCGCUGCGGUCUUUAUAGACACCAACCUCGACACUCACCUCGCCACGAUCGUCUCCGACACCGAAACUGUUUCUGAUCUUAAGAAGAAAAUAAUUUAUGAACAUCCGUUAUGCUUUCCUUGCAUUGGAGAGAUAAAAAUUCAUGCCAUAAAGGUAAAACGCAGAGGACACUAUUAUCAUCUGGCAGAUUCCAUGUUGGUAAAAAGUGCUUUUGAUGGGAUCAGUAAAAGCUGGUUUCUUUCUGUUGAUGCCUUGAGUGUUGGAGAGAAAAGCGAUAGCGGGCAUCAUCAAAAAAUGGAUUCUGGCAAGCAAGCAGCCUGUUUGGGGAUCAUAGAAAAUCCUUCAGCUAAUGAGAUUGAUAGUCUUGCCGAUGGUCCUUCUAAAAGGUUACUCGACACCUAUGAUUUUUCAUCUCCAUUUGUUGAGAGCAACCAGAACAGGAAACUUGAAGUAUGUGCUGAUCAGCAUGAUUCAGGCGACUCCAACAAAGAAGUUCUAAAAGCUUCAGAGAUGGAAGUUGAACAUGCUGGUAAUCUCUUUCGGGCUUUCUUUUGCGGGACACAUACUGGGUCAGCUGAAAAUACUGCAAAAAAUUGUGAGGUUUCAGUUGCUGCCACCGCUAAUGGGUUAGAUCCUGUUUUGGAGAAGGAAUAUAAUGACCUCGGAACAAGUACUAGACUCAAGGAUGAAAAUUGUAGGAAAGAGAUCAGUGAUGCACAGGGUAACUUGUCAUUGGAAGUUACUCCAAAAACUGAACCUCUUAGGAAGAAAAAACUUAAAAGUAGAAAGGAAAGAGUAGAUGCAUUAAAUAACCAUCAUCUUGAUGGGAACAAUGCUAAAGGUGUGCUACAGCUAAGUACGGCAGUAUUAGAUGAUCCUUUAAUUGACAUAGACAGAGUAGCAUCAUAUGGUGUGAGAGGAAGCAAAAAUACUGCAAAUAAACCACACAGGAGUUCAUCUUCUGAUGUGAAUAAGCAGUCUGGUGCUGACGUACAGAUUGUUAAUGUUCAGGGUGAGGGAACUGAAGUUGUGGGAGAACAAGUUGAUCAUGAAAAUGAUAAAUCUGAGAAUGACAUUAAUAUCCAAGGAAAUAAGUCAUUAGAAGCUUCUGUUUCUGGAUUUCCAGCUAAGAAAAAACGUAAGAUAAAGAGGAAAGAUGGCAAUCAAGAUUUUUCAACUACUAAUAUGCAUUUGAUAUUUGAUUCAAGUAAGCAGACCACUACCCAAUACUCUUUGGGGACCCAACAGAAAGGUUCAUCUUCUGAUGUGAAUAGGCAAUCUGGUGCUGAAGUACAGAUUGUUAACAUUCAGGGUGAGGUAACUGAAGUUGUGGGAGAACGUGUUGAUAACGAAAAUGAUAAAUCUGAGAAUGACAUUAAUAUCCAAGGAAAUAAGUCAUUAGAAGCUUCUGUUUCUGCAUCUCCAGCGAAGAAAAAACAUAAGUUAAAAAGAAAAGAUGGGAAUCAAAAUUUUUCAACUACUGAUACCCAUUUGAUAUCUGAUUCAACUAAGGAGACCACUACCCAAUACUCUUUGGGGGGCCAACAGAAAGGUUCAAAUGCUCAUAUAGACCAGUUAGCAAAGGACCCUUUUGAGGUUAACCAUGUGUUGACAGAUGGUGUAAGCACUGGGAAAAGGAAAAGGAAAUAUAAAUCAUCAGAUACUUCUGGAAAAGAUGUUGUGCAGGAUAGUUCUGGGGUAGCCAAAGUGGGAAUUGGCAAAGUGGAUUUGGGUGGGGAAUUUGCUGGCAAAUUGACCCAUGGACAAGGAGGCCCAGGUGAGUUGAUUUCUGAAACUUGUACAACCUCUUCAGAGAAGAAGCCUUCCACUCUUGUCAAAGAUGCAGGGGAAAAAGAUGUUGGAGUGGGAAGCACUAAUGCAGGCAUUUCAAGAAGCAAGAAAGAUGCCGCAAAAUUUUUCAAGGCAUCUGCAUCAGAGAAACAUGAGUCAGAUGAUGUGGAAACCAAGCUUGAGAAGAAUGGGGUUUCUGCCUCGGAGGAUUUCAUACUGAAGGAUAAAAAUAGAAUGCUGACAGAUAAAACUACUAGAACGGGAGAGGAAAGAGAAUCAUGUCAGAGUAAAGAUCCUGAAGCAAUGACAAACAGUCUAGUUGAAAGAGAAAUAAAUGCUAAUGGGACUUUAGGAUCUGAAAAAUCUUCAAAGAAAAGAAAGAAGUCUAGGAGAACUCAGGAAGUUGGAGGAACAGCAGAUCCAUCUAGUAUAGAGCAUGUUGCAGCUGAUGCUCCUUCAAUGUCUUAUAAAGUUGUAAAUGAUGAGCAAUUUCAUAUUAGUGCUGAGAAAGAGGCAGCUGAUAAAUUAAUCCCAAAUGUAUUGGGAGAAACACUGGAUCUGUCCGGUAUAGAGGAUGUUGCAGCCAAUACUCCUUCGGUUGUGCCUCAAAGAGUUGUAACUGGUGAGAAAUUUAGUGUUAGUGCUGAGAAAGAGGCAACUGAUAAAGUAAUCCAGGGUGUACUGGAGUCCUUGCAGGACAGCAUUGUAAAGCAGGAAAAUUUGGAAAAAACAGGACAGAAAACAAGGAAGAAAACUAUGAAGAAGAAAAGUUCUACUGCAGUAAAACUCAGAGAAUUGCAAUCAGAAGAUGAAAAUGUUGCUCCUAAAGAUCUAAUAUCUUCCAUUGGGAAUAAAAGACAGAUGGAUGAUUCAUUUAAACUGUCAAAUAUUGCUAAGUUGGCUGAGACAACUUCAACAAAUCAAUUGAAUGUAACUAAUUCUGAACUUAAGAUUGGUGGUGGUGUUGAAAUUGAUCCACUCACCACUCAACUGAGCGCCAGAGGAGUUGGAUCAUCAAAAGUAGGCAGUAGAGAGGAGGAACCUUCGGGAGAUGUUGUCAACAAUGAGCCUUCGAAAAGUGGAUCUGCCUCUAAAAUUAAUAAUUCUAUUCAACUUUCCUGCCUAAGUGAGAAGAUAAAUGUAAAUGAUAAACUUUCUCCUAGCCAAUCUCAACGUGAAAUUGUUGCCUCCAGUGAGAUGCUUGACAGAGCAAAAAAUGAGAUGAAAAUCAAGAAGAGCAAAAAAAUGCUUGAUGUAAGUUCUGAUGGCCCCUUCCUUUCACGGAGCUCAGUGAAAUCAAAUGACAAUCAAAGUGGAGUAAAAGCUGAUGCUGCAAAUUCAAGUACCAGUCAGCAAGAAAGAUCUUUGUUAAAGGAUGAGAAUGAUAAGCUCAAGCCUAAAUCAAACAAGAAGAUUCCAAAACUUUCUGAAAAUGGGGCAAAAAAUGCUUUGUCUAAUAAAAUUGAUAAAUCUGUUUGUGUUACAGCAGAAGCUCAAAGGCCAACUGCUGUCAAUUCUUCCAGGACCAGCGCUCAUGUUGCAUCUAAUUCUAGCUUUGAUAGCUCAAAAGAAACUAUUCCCCAAACCAAAAAGGGUGGCAAUGGUCAAUCACAUUUGUCGGUUAAAGGAGCUUCCAGGAAGAAUAAUGACAAAGUUGUGAAUAAAUCAGAGAAGGAGAAGAGCUUAUUGGCUAAAUCGGGCUCAAUAUUUAGGGAUGAGAACUCUGAAGAUGAAGAUAAAGGAGGCAGUUCAGAUGCCAGCACCAGAACACCAUCACAGAUUUCAUCUGAUUACUCAGAUGGGGAUAGUGAUGCAAAUUUUAACUCCCCAGAAAAUGGAUCUUAUAGCUCUCACAGUGAGGAGUAUGAUGGAAGACACAUCACAAAGUCCUUUUCGUCCGCUGCAAAGAACAUGACUUUUGAUGAAAUCCUUAGAAGUUCAAGCAGAUACAAGAAGGCUAAACUAGCUGCUUCUCAAUCACAAGCCGAGGAUGACGAUGACCUGCCAGUUGAUUUUGUUCCGGAGAGUCAAGCCAAUUGAACCUUUUCUGCUACUGCAUUUGUUUUUGAUUUUGCUCAUCCAGGAGUUUUUGUUCUAUUUACUCUGGUCUUUUCCACAGAGGCUUCGUUCUUCCUUUUUCCUGGAUGCUGCCGGACGAGUGCUUCUGCCUAUGUUGAGAAACAUAUAUUUACCUAUACAUACAUGUAAAGUUUUUAGGGUUAAUGUUGAGCUUUCCAGUUCAGAGGGGAAGGAAGGAGGGAAGGAAGCUUGGCUUCAUUGGAAUUUUUGGACUUAGUCGAUGAGUUUGGUUGUCGAAAAGAAAAGCUCGUCGUUUUUUUUGGU